AUGAAGGAGAAGAUAGACACGAAAACCGGUGGGUUUAGACCAAAGUUGAGCGUCGAAUGUGCCGUCCGGCCUUCUCUCACAUAUAAACAGCCGUCCCAAUACCACGACGUUCGUGUCUUAUCCUCAAAAACACAUAAAGAUAAGAAGGAGUCAAGUGUUGCACGAGAUAGAGCAACAGUUGACCCAGUCCUAAAUAAAUAUCUUAUUGGAAUAUUUUUGUUAGCCCGGAAAAGGUGUUUUUUGACUAGAUGGCUAACUUGUUGGCCAUUAAGCAAUUGUUUUUACAUUUAUUAUUUUUAAAAAUGAUUAAAGUCAAGCUUUAGCAAAGAUUGGUGGACAGUAUAAUAUAAAUUUUGACAUUUUUAUGGUUUUUCGAUUGGUCAAGAUGCUUUUUUCUCGGGCUUAGGCGCUGGACAAAACAGGUUUAUGGAAAAAAGCGGGUCGAAGCUAUACGUUAUUUCUUGCUUCAUAACAUAAUGUUCAUGAAAAAACGCGUUACGAGCUUAAUUUUUGUCUAAAAUAAAGAUAUCAACUCUAAUUUACUAAUUUCAGCUAUGUCAAAUAAGAAAAAACCUGGAACGGAGGUGCAGAGUACUCAGACCCGUAUUGCUAUCGUCAACAACGACAGAUGUAAGCCCAAGAAUUGCGGCCAAGUCUGCAAGCGAUCGUGUCCAGUAGUAAAGCAAGGUAGGUAAUGGUUUUUAUGUUAUGGAUUGUGAGUUUAGGCAAACAAUGUAUUGUGGUGGACGCAACUUCGAAGAACGCCGAGAUUUCCGAGCAUUUGUGUAUUGGAUGUGGUAUUUGUACCAAGGUACAGUUUGUUUUUGGGCAAUUAUCUUCCAGGAAAUUGUUUUUAUCGAUUACUAUACAUAGCUAUACACAUUGUUUAAGUGGAUAUUUGUCUUAUUGUAUGUAAAGGUCAAAUCUAUCUGAGUGUAGGGUAUUUCAAGAUAAAAUUAUGACCUUCCUGUACAAUUAUUACAUUAUUAUUUUAGAAAUGUCCUUACAACGCUAUCACCAUUAUCAAUUUGCCAAGUAACUUGGAAAAGGACACAACUCACAGAUAUGGUCCUAACUCUUUCAAAUUGCAUCGAUUACCAACUCCUAGGCUAGGAUCCAUUCUCGGAUUAGUAGGGACCAACGGUAUUGGCAAGUCGACAGCUCUGAAGAUAUUGUCCAACAAAAUGAAACCGAAUUUGGGAAGGUUUACGGUAUGUUUUCUAAUUAAGUAAUUUGAUAAUGUGUUUUUUCUUUUAGCGUUUUGUUUAUUGAAUCUAUUAAUGCCUAAUUAUAUUGUUUUAGGGAGUUGUACCGUGGGUAGAUGUGUUGACUUACUUCCGUGGGAGUGAGCUUCAAAAUUACUUUACGAAGUUGUUGGAAGACAAACUCAAGUCUCUUAUUAAACCGCAAUAUGUUGAUCAACUACCGAAGUAAGCUUUUAAUUUUUUAUGGUUUUUUUUAAUAUUGUAAGCUUUUACUGUUUUUACUUUAUUUUAUUUUAGAGUUGUCGAAAAGGCUGGCUUCACAAAUGUUGAGGAAGCUUUGAAUGCCAAAAGAGAAGUUGAAAACUUUGAUGAAAUCAUCGAUCGCUUGGGUGAGUAUAUUACACUGAAUUUUUUUCUUGUAUUUUUUCGUUGGCGUCUUACUGUUUUAGUCUUGAUAGUAAUGAUGAUUUUUACAGAAUUAAGGCACUUGUUUAACCGAGAAAUCAAGAACUUGUCUGGCGGAGAGUUGCAAAGAUUUGCUAUUGCUUUGAGUUUGAUUCAGAAGGCACAGAUCUACAUUUUCGACGAACCUUCUUCCUUUUUGGAUGUAAAACAACGAUUGGAGGCUGCCAAGAUGAUCAGAGAAUGUAGUAAAUCCGACAAGUAUGUUUGAUAAAAUAUUUUUAAAUAUGUUAUAACAUUUAUUAUGGUUUUUAUAAAAUCUUUGUUAAAAUUACAAACUAUGCUUUAGUUUUGAAGAUUUAUAUUGGUUAUUUUAGCUAUGUGAUGGUGGUAGAGCACGACUUGGCUGUGCUGGAUUACAUGUCUGAUUAUGUUUGUAUCUUGUACGGCGUUCCCUCAGCUUACGGAGUCGUAACACUUCCUGCUGGAGUCAGAGAGGGCAUCAACAUGUUCUUGGAAGGCUUCAUUCAAUCCGAAAAUAUGCGUUUCAGGUAUGUGAUUUUAGUAAUUCAGGUAUGUUAUUUUGAUAGCUGAAUUAAAACUUUUUUGUAUGGUAAAAUACUGACUAUUGCAGAGAAACGUCAUUGUCCUUCAAAGUAACAGAUCAGCUAGAACAACAGGUUGUGGAACGAACGACCAGUUACGAUUACCCCAACAUGACCAAAACUAUGGGGACUUUCCAACUGAACAUCGAGGGAGGAGCCUUCUCGGAUUCUGAAAUCAUCGUACUUUUGGGAGAGAACGGUACUGGGAAGACGACGUUCAUCAGGUCAGUUACAUCUUCAAACUUUUUUUUAUAAUUUUAAAAACUUUUGACUUGUGUAAACUUUUAGAUUGUUGGCGGGUAAAGUGCAACCAGAUGACACAUCCACCGAGGUACCUGAACUUCUCAUUUCGUACAAACCUCAGAAGUUGUCCACCAAAUUCGAAGGCUCUGUCCGAUCCUUUUUGUUAAAGCGCAUUCCAGACAUGUUGAACCACCCAACUUUUAAGACCGACGUUUUGAACCCCAUGAAGAUCAACGAUCUUCUUGAUCUGGACCUCCAGAACAUCUCUGGUGGUGAACUUCAAAGAGUAGCUUUGACGGUCUGUUUGGGAACUCCAGCCAAUGUGUAUCUGAUUGACGAACCUAGUGCUUACCUAGAUUCAGAACAACGUUUGGCCGCUGCCAAAGUGAUAAAAAGGCAUAUUCUGCACGCCAAAAAGACGGCCUUCAUCGUGGAGCACGAUUUCAUGAUGAGUACCUAUUUGGCCGAUCGUGUCAUUGUCUUCGAAGGUCAGCCUGGACAAGAGACCGUGGCCAAUGCGUAAGUUAACAUCUUUUUUACUUUUAACAAGUCAAUUGAUCUAAUUUAAUGUAUUGUAAACAUUUUUAUGUGUAUAUCGUAUUUUAGGCCGCAGUCACUGUUGAAUGGAAUGAACAAGUUCUUGGAGAUAUUGGACGUCACCUUCAGACGAGACGACGAAAGUCAUCGGCCGAGGAUCAACAAGAAGGACUCGGUGAAAGACGCGGAGCAGAAGAAGAGUGGAAACUACUUCUUCUUGGACGCCGUCUGA